UUUUUUCAGACAAAUUUAUUUUUUUAACACAAAUUAUUUAUUAACAUUUUUAAAUAAAAUGGUAGAAGAGAAUUUUUUGACAACGCUGAAAAUUUUGACUAUUGGUGAAAGUGGUGUAGGCAAAUCGAGUUUAAUUUCUCGUUUUGUGGACGACAAAUUUGACCCAGAAAUGGCUGCAACAAUUGGAGUGGAUUUUCGCAUUCGGACAAUUACUAUUGACGAUAAACUUGUUAAAUUAGCAAUUUGGGAUACUGCUGGACAGGAACGCUUUCGGACAUUGACUCCGAGCUAUUAUAGAGGAGGUCAAGGUAUUAUUUUGGUUUAUGAUGUGUCUAGCCGAGCGUCUUUUGAAAGUCUCGAACAUUGGCUCUUAGAAGUUGACACUUAUUGCACACGGGCAGAUGCUAUUAAAAUGCUUGUUGGAAAUAAAAUUGACGAGGAUGUUCGUGUUGUAACCAGAGAUGAAGGUGCUCAAUUUGCUCGUCGGCACAGAAUGCUGUUUAUUGAGGCAAGUGCUAAGACUCGUGAGGGUGUCCAAUGUGCUUUUGAAGAGCUUGUUCAAAAGAUUCUUCAAUCACCCGGACUUUGGGAAUCUAAUUUGGCAAUGCGGAGGCGACUUCAAUUGAAAAAUGGGGAUUACGAGUCGAGCGGCUGGUGUGGGUGCUAG